AUGCGCAGGCGAGCAGCCCGUGUCGCCCCCCGAUCGCCGGGGCAUGGUACCGCUGGCCGUCCCACUCACGCGAAACCCAGCCACUGGCACCGUGACGGCGCUGCUCCGCUGGCCCACCGCUCCCCCGGGGUAAGAGUAUCAGCAAUGUGGUUGAAGGGUCUCAUCACUCCCUCCCCAUACACCCACCCCAUGUCUGCCGCCAUGUUUUUCCCACUUCCUCCCGCCCCUCCCCAACCCAUCUACACCCAUCCCCCACAGGCGGACGAGUACAUUCAGAGGGCGCUCGUGGAGGAGGACGUGGGGGGGCGGGAGGGCAGCGCGGAGGGGGACUCGGGGAGGGUGGGGGAAGCGGCGGGGGAGGAGGGGCGCAGGCUGUAUUCGCGUGGGGACUUUGCAGCGGCCAAGGCCAAGUCCCUUGACGCCUAUCUGACCACCAAGCGGUGCUGGCAGGUGGGCAAGUUCCCAGACGUCCUUGAGAGGCUGGCUGUGCGGCACCUGGAGCUCCUUCAUUGCAAACCUCAUCCCCCUUCCCCUCCCCCCCGUCUCCACUGGUGCUGGCAGGUGGGCAUGUUCCCGGACGUCCUUGAGAGGCUUGCUCUGCGGCACCUGGAGCAGGGCGACCAGGUGUCAGCGCUGGUGGCGGGGGAGUUCUAUGCGCGCAAGCACUUCCCAGGCUUCGCACAUCCCUUCACAUUCAACGCACAGCUGCUGCUCAGCUCCUUGCGCUUUUGUCUCCCUCCUUCCCUCCUUCCCUCCUUCCCCCCGUCCCUCCGUCCCUCCUCCCCUUACUCUCCAUUGUCCCUCUUUUCAAACGCUCAGAGUGGGGAGGCCAACAGAGGCGAGGGAUGCGGCGCGGAUCGCUCUCAAGUCGCCCUGGUGGACCCUGGGGGCGUCGUACCAGGUAGGCGCAGCAGACGAGCCUGGCAGCACUCUGUUGUGUGGGCGGCGUGGAAGCAGAAGGAGGUGGCGGAGCUGGCGGGGUACGGGGACUCGCAACUGGAGUAUGCGUUGGAGCGGCUGACAGAGGAGGGCAGGAAGGAGGAUGUCAACAAGGGCAAGGCGGAGGCGCAGGUGGCAUUGGACCAGGCAGCCUUUCUGCUGGACGUGGCAGCAGCAGAGGGCACGUGGGAUGAGACGCGUGAGCAGCUGGCAGGGCUGUACCGGGAAGCAGGGCUGGAGGAGAUGGCCUCGUUUGUCCUCGCUGGACCGCCAACCUCAACAUAG